ACAAUAAUCAUGCCUACCAUAUGGGGUUCAAUUACUCCCAUCCUCCCCCACUCUCCCACAGCCCUCAUAAAAGACCCUCACAGAGAGAGGUCAAUUUGCUGCGUUGAUUCGAGCUGCAACAUAUAGAAAACAGGGGAAACAGAGCAUCAAACAUGCUCUGUUUCUCUGAAUUCCAAUAAAGAAACCAUAGCAACCACCCCCCAUCCCAUUUGAAUUAAAUGCAACACCCAGUCCCAAAUCCUCAAAAACCCAGAUGGCUGUUCCUUGUGUUUCUCUUCUUCUUCUUCUUCUCUCCCUCCCUCUCCACCGCUGAAGGCACCCUUUUGUGCGGCUCCUCAAAGGAGGACAGCAGCCCAAACUUCAUUCCAAAUUUCACUGCUGCAAUGAAAGAAGUCUCCAAGGGAGUCAGUGAAUCGAAAUGGGCAUCCCAUUCUGUCAUUUCUCCGAGUCCCAGCAUCUUCACAUAUGCCCAGUGCUAUGACUUUCUCUCCCACAAUGAGUGCAAAGCCUGUCACAGUAAGAGCCGAACAGAGCUCCCCAGAUGCUUUCCUGCCAACUCUGCAAGCAUUUAUCUUAACGGCUGCUACCUUCGUUAUGAUAUCUAUAACUUCUACAACGAGGCGGUUGACGAAGACCGUGAUAAGGUGAUUUGUGGGCAUCCCAUAUAUGUUCACAAAGAUCAGAACUUCCAACGGGAAUUUACGAAAAUAGUUCAUGACAUCGUUCGGCGUGUGGCUACGAAGGCGGUGAGCGACAAGGGGUUUGCAGUGGAAGUGGAGGCGGCAGGGGUGGCUCCUGUUUAUGCAAUGGGUAAGUGCUGGGCGACACUGACCAUCCUCAACUGCAGUAAGUGCAUGUCGGAUGCAGUGAAAAAGGUGUCUAAGUGCGCGCCCAACGCGGAUGGCAGGGUUAUGAAUGCUGGUUGUUAUUUAAGGUAUUCUGCAGAGAAUUUCUUUACCAAUGACAAGGAGGAUGACUUGAAUGAGAGACAUGAGGCUUCUGGGAUCAUUUCUUCAGGAAUUGCCUUAACUUUGAUUGCUCUCAUUGGUGUUGCAUUUGCCUAUGUGAGAAUAUCAAGGAGGAAAAGAGAGAAAAAAAAUUCAAUUUAUUUGGACAUGUCUCAUUUGAAUUUCAAGUAUGAAUUGCUGGAGAAGGCCACCAAUUCGUUUGAUGGCUCGAGGAAGCUAGGGCAAGGUGGAGCUGGUUCUGUGUUCAAGGGGAUUCUCCCUGAUGGGACAAUUGUUGCAGUCAAAAGAUUGUUCUUCAAUACGCGGCAAUGGGCGGAUGAGUUCUUCAAUGAGGUGAACUUGAUCAGCGGCAUUCAACACAAGAACCUUGUUAAGCUUUUGGGUUGCAGCAUUGAGGGCCCAGAAAGCCUUCUGGUUUAUGAAUACCUACCCAACAAAAGCCUCGAUCAAAUCCUUUUCAGUAAGCACACAUCCCUUCACCUAACCUGGCAGAUGCGGUUUGAAAUCAUCUCUGGAACAGCAGACGGCCUCGCAUAUCUUCAUGGAGGUUGUGGAGAAAAAAUAAUCCACAGAGACAUAAAAGCCAGCAAUAUUCUCCUUGAUGAGAAUCUUACUCCAAAGAUCGCUGAUUUUGGACUUGCUCGAGGUGUAUCGACGGAUAAAUCUCAUGUUAGCACCGGAGUAGCAGGAACAUUGGGAUAUAUGGCUCCUGAAUAUCUUGUUCGAGGACAGCUAACCGAGAAGGCAGAUGUUUAUGGUUUUGGAGUUUUGGUUAUGGAGAUUGUAAGCGGCAGGAGGAGCAGUGUUUUUACUCAAGGGUCAAGUUCAGUUUUGCUUUCUGUUUGGAGGCAUUACAAGGCAAACAAAAUCACUCAAUCUGUUGAUCCUGCCUUGAAUGGUAUAUAUUCUGAGAAAGAGGCAUCCAACGUGCUUCAAAUUGGGCUUCUUUGCACGCAGGCUUCUGUUGCACUAAGACCAUCCAUGUUUGAAGUGGUUGAGAUGCUAAGCGAUGAAGAAUGUGUCAUCCCCUCACCCGAACAACCUCCAUUCUUGAAUGCCAGUGUCCUAAGUUUGGGUGACACGACCACUACCUAUGAUCCCAUGAUCCCUGCCACCUCAUCCUCCUUGUCCAACAAUAACUCCUCAAAUGGGGAAUCUGCUGCUGAAGUGUCCAUUUUUUAUAGUGCAGAGUCCGACAAUAUGAGCAUUCAUGGAUCGGAUUUUCUUUCAACAUUUCAAGCAUUUAAGGGAAGCUAGAUUGGUCAUCUCAAGAUAUAUGCUAUCUUGAGCAAAAGAUAAGGACCCAAGGUCCCAAUGCAAGGAGGGAAGUAACGACCCACGUAAUCAGGGGUGUGGAAUGAUGGUGAAAAUUUUGUCAUGUAGAUGGGAUGUUUUGGUAUUUUCCUUUUCUACUAAGAUAGAAAAGGGUUCAUAUAGCUCAUAGAGAAGAGCUUUCUUUUAGGGAAAAUUAUCCAUUUAGUAGCCCUUGCAGAGAUUUGUAGUUGUACCAAACUAAUCUCUCUUGUAUAAGAGCAUCUUAAAGAUAUGUAGGUACACUAUUUGACAAAAACCAUUAGACACACAUGAAUCCACGUCACAAUCAAUUGACACGUGGUGUAAUUGAUGACUUAAACUAUAAUAAAAUUACAA